CCAACGGGUCGCAUGCCUUCCCCUCUACCAGCCGCCAUACAAAGUGUGUCUGGAUGUUCGUCCCCCGAUCGCGAAACUGCAGCCUUGGCUUCCUCGGCGGAUAUAGAGCUGCACAGUAUGGUUGACACUGCUGCUGAACCGCUGAUCACUGACCGCGACGAGCGCGCGUUUCCGAGAGAUCAUGAUGCACUGCGUGGAUAUGAAGAGGAUGAUGUCGUUGAUGAGAGCGGGCUGUUGGCGCCGGGGAAGUUCAUCUGGACCUUGACGGUUUGCGCGGGGGUCAGCGGCUUGCUGUUUGGAUAUGAUACCGGCGUUAUAUCUUCCACCCUCGUGUCUAUCGGGUCCGACCUCUCCGCCCGCCCUCUGACCACGCUAGACAAGAGCCUCGUUACCUCCUGCACGAGUUUCUUCGCGCUCGUCGCAUCACCCUUUACCGGUGUCCUCGCAGAUCAGCUCGGAAGAAAGAAAGUCAUCCUCGGCGCCGAUAUACUCUUUAUACUUGGAGCGCUAUGGCAGGCCUGGACGACCACCGUGUGGGGAAUGAUUGCGGGUCGAUCGAUCGUCGGAGCAGCCGUCGGAAGCGCAUCGUUUGUCGUUCCGCUCUACAUCUCGGAGCUGUCGCCCAGUCCGUUUCGAGGGCGAUUGGUGGUGGUUGCGAGUCUGUUUAUUACGGGCGGACAGGUGGUUGCGUAUAUUAUCGGCUGGUUGUUCUCUUCAAUGGAGCAUGGCUGGAGAUGGAUGGUGGGUCUUGGAGCGCUGCCAGCGGCGAUACAGUUCCUCAUGCUGUGGUUUAUGCCCGAGACACCCAGAUGGCUAGUUAAGGCAGGACUAAAGGAGGAGGCGAGACGGGUACUCGGGAAGGUGUAUGAGCGGAGUGAGGGGUUUGAUGGCAGGCAUCUCGUUGGUGCAGUGUUGAGGAGGGUCGAGAGGGAGAUUACGGAAGAGGAGGAUGCCAUGGGCGAGAGGGAGGUAGUCCGGGCUGGAAAGCAUGGCUGGAGAGCGAAGAUGGAUAGGGUGCAUCAUGAUUUCUUGCAGCUUGUUACGGUGGGAGGACAUCGGCGGGCAUUGGUUAUUGCAUGUAUGCUGCAAGGUGCUCAGCAACUAUGCGGAUUUAAUUCCCUUAUGUACUUUUCUGCGACCAUCUUCUCUCUCGUCGGCUUCCGCUCCCCCACUCUAACGUCUCUCUCUAUCGCCCUGACCAACUUCGCCUUUACCCUCGUCGCCUUCCACUACAUCGACCGCAUCGGACGUCGCCGUAUCCUCCUUUGGAGCGUCCCCAUCAUGGUCAUCGGACUCGCUCUGUGCGCCGUAGCCUUCAAUUUCCUGCAUCUGCCUGGCCAGGUUGGCUCCGAGCAAGCGCACUCCACGGCUUCUAAUAGUAAAGUCUGGCCAUUGGUCAUCCUCGUGGCGAUGGUAACCUAUGUCGCGGGCUACGCAAUCGGCAUGGGUAACGUGCCGUGGCAGCAAUCUGAACUCUUUCCUCUCUCCGUCCGCUCGCUGGGCUCCGCCCUCGCCACAGCCACAAACUGGGGCUCCAACACCCUCGUCGGCCUCACAUUCCUCCCCAUGAUGGAGUUCUUCACGCCAGAGGGCACGUUCGCGCUUUACAUGCUAGUUUGUGUGGUCGCGUGGUUUGCGAUAUAUAGAAUCUAUCCUGAAACUGCAGGGCUAAGUCUGGAGGACGUGGGGAGUCUUUUAAGGGAUGGGUGGGGAGUGAAGGGUAGUGUUGGGAGGGCGAGGGCGAGGGCGAGAAGGCGGACAGAGACGGGAGGUUAGAUGUAGAGUUUUUGGGGAUUAUAGCACUGUGGAUUGGAUGUUAUCUUUUAAUGUGCGGUCGGGACUGUGACGCACGGCGUGCGCAUAGCACUUGCUCUAGCGACUGGAAAGGUUGGAGCCGAUGUUUGGACAGGACCGAGCACCACUAUCUGACACGCUCAAACGAAGAAAGACGAACAGAUUCUUCGGGUCAAAUGCGUGAGGCAUACCCCUCGUGGGGAUCUCUCCGUGUUGAUUAAUAAACUACAGAUGCAGAAUCUCUCCU